AUGUCACAGUUGUACAAUAGCCUGUCUGAGUUCCCCUACGCGGAGGCGGCCAAAUCACCAGCGAAGCGCACUCCACUUACUCAGCAAGGUGUGCCUCCGCCGUGGACCACAUCAAUUGUGGAGUCGACAACAGUCUGUGCUGAGGACCAAGUGUUUGUCAUCGGCGGGUUCGAUACAUGUACACAGAACAUCGUACCGUACGCACGCGUAUGGGAUGCCGUGACGCAUGUGUGGACGCGACUGCCCGACGCCCCGGUCAGGGUCGCCCACGCAAGCGCCGCUGCUCUGCCUGCCGAGGGAUCCAUCAUCUUGUUUGGUGGGUGGGAUGGCACGAAGUGCAGCGCAGAGCUCUGGCAUCUCCACCCACGGCGCCCCGACGGCGUCACUGCAAGUGCAGAUGUGGUGUCCCCGCCGAGCCUCGGAGUGAUCAGAGGAGGACGUCCCUCCACCACUCCUACCAGUGCACGAGGACGGUCGUCAAAAGGCGAUUAUGAGGCCGCGCUUCGGUGGGAUCGACUGGAGGCCGAUGUGCGUGUGUCUGCACGACCGGUGGGGCGAUACGGACACGCGCUUGCUUUUGGAUUCUCUGCUCCUACGGAACGGUGGCAGACUAGCCCGCCAUCACCACCGGCUGCUGGGUCGCUGCAGCCCUCUGGUAAGGCGAUGGGACCUGCCGCUUCGGCGACCAUGAUCUCUGGUGCGCAAGCGCCGACAUCGCUGGAGCCGGUUUUGUACCUUUUUGGUGGCAAUGACACCACUUCGCGGCUGAAUGACUUGUGGCGGCUCUGGAUCGCGCCGUCCAUCCAGCUACGCGUCGCGCAGUGGGAGCGGCUGAAGGCGACCCCUGGCGUCUGCCCGUGUCCGCGUGAGGACGCCGUCCUUGCGUUUGACGCGGCUCGGCAGUGCCUUUGGCUGUAUGGCGGAAGCACCGCUACUGGCGUCCUCGACGAUUUGUGGUGCCUUUCCUUGGUCGGCGAGUCAUCUGUAAGCGGGUUCACAUGGACGCCUGUCUAUCCACUGGGCGGACACCGACUCGCACCAGGCCGGUGGAACCUCUCCACACCGUGUAUGCCGGCCGCCGCUGUGGUGGAGGACGGAAGUCUCUACGUUCUAUUUAACGAGGCUCCAAAGUCGUCAAAGUGCCUCCAUGCGAACGACCGAGAGUCGCUCUACCGUUUCUGUUUGACAACACAUCACUGGCUCUCUUGCCCCCUCUGCGAGGAGAAAGCGGCCUCGAGCCGGCCCUCAUCCUCCCUGCGAACGUCGCACCCCCUUGCACAGCAGGCAAGCUCAUUCCGCGUCGUCGCAGCCUGCGCGUGCAAUCGCUUUCUCUUCUGGCUGAAGGACUCCGCGGGUGACGAGGCCUCCAAAACGCAGAGCAGGCCGGCGGUGAUACAGGUGGAGCUCAACCUCCUCGACACAAAGCCCACGAAGCGGUGCACGGAGCGCAGUCGAUAG